GCAAGCACUCAUCCGAAGGGGCCUGGCUCAUCCUCGGACCAUCAAGUUUAAAAACCGAAUAAGAUAGGAUGUAUUGUUUAGUCAACGUAAGGCACGUUGACCUAUAGUAAUACUUUUGACAUUGUCGAAACAGAAUUACUGCACCGCAAAUUUGGAUAGUUAGUCGACAGACUCGUCUCGUUCCCAGCUAACAUUAGCUGACGCUAACUUCCGGUGCUAACGCGCGCUGCUCGGCAACGGAAGCCGACAGGCUAUUUCAACUCCACAUUUCCUCGUCCGAAGCUAAACUGCUUUUCAAGUAAAAUGUACGCUUGUUGCGUACUGGGUUGUCCAAAUCGGCAUACCUCCGGUGGCAAACUCAAAUUCUACAGAUUACCAACGGAAUACCGAGCGUUUCAAGCCAAGCGACGGCGUUUGUGGCUCAAAGUACUCCAGCAAGUGAAUGGCAGCGCGGAGGAGCUCAAAGAAAAUGCUCGCAUUUGUGGCGCUCAUUUCAUAUCAGGGGAACCGUCCGUGGAUCAGAACAAUCCCGACUUUGUACCUUCAGUGUUUACAAACGUGAACAGCAGCUCGCGACCCAGGAGCCAAAGCAGAAGGAUCGUUAGAGGACAUGGAAAAUGGCACUGGGGUCACCAAGUCAACCAAGGCGCCAGAGACAAGUCCAAGGAAGCACUGAUCAAAGAUGAAGACCUUGUGAUUCAGCAGCCCUCCCUCGAACUGAUUAGAAUUCAACCUUCACAAGACGCCCAGACCACACAAUGUGCAAUGACAGGAGAAGCAUCAACCGAGGAGACCAAGAGUGACAUCGAAAUGAGAACUCCGUCACCUUUGUUGAAAUUUGAAAAAUCCAGCCCUGUGGUGCUCCUCAAGCACAUCGUUGCACCAUCGGGCGUUUAUCUGUGUGAGCUGUGCAAUGAAAACUUCUCCACGGUCACACAGCUGGUCAGACAUAAACUUGAGCAUGAAGGACAAAGAUCUCCUCAUAGUGGCGAUGUUCAGGAGGAGAUGCCCACCAAAGUUCUGGCGGAGCCAGACGAGCCUGCUUUUCCAUGCAACAUUUGUGAUCGAACAUUCGCUGACCGCCAACUCUUGAAGCGCCACAAACUGCUCCACAUGAGAGACGUCAGGAAGUGCCAGACGUGCGGCGUGCUGUUCUGUCAACUUCACAGACGCGCGCCGUUGGUGGCUACGCCGGUCAUCACGAGCGAGUCCGACGACGAUUGUCCCGUCACAGAGUCAGACGACCUUGAACGGGGUGAGGUUGGGGAGCAGCUCAAUGACUUUCAAACGGCCUGGGCUUUCAUCCCCCUGCUAAGAAAUGCUGCUAACCAAAUCAGUGAACCCCAAGCUUCAGCUUCAAACAUGGAGCUGGAGUUUUUUUCUGAAAUGCCACCUCCUCCCUUUCCCAUUCAUUUGUUACAUACAAAAUCUGAAGCCUCCAUGGAAGCUCCCCUAUAUCCACCUCCAAAGCUGCCACCGGCACUCCGAAUGUUUUCCGCACAGUGCCUCACUUCAGCAUUUUUCAAGGUUCAAAGAAACUAUAACUAUAUUUUGAGCAAGGGAACGGAUGUGCCAAAUAACAUUGUUGUCAAAAAGGAGCCACUGGAGAUCUCACCAGAUGUCCCUCCAGAUCUGCCAAAUGAGGAGCCGGAAGAUCAAGGACCAACUGCUUAUGAUCUCCAAAUUGUUCUCUAACUGAAACUUUUCAAAACUAAGCUCAAAUUUUGGGAUUGUGCCUGGCAAAUGUCACAAUCCAGUCCUAGUAUAGUUUAAUGCUGCUAGUUGUUUAACGUUAUGUGACACUGUUAAUAAAUCUGUCGUCAUCA